AUGCUAAUUUGUGUCUCCUCAGCCCCUCCGCAGCUGCGCAUCGUCCCCCAGGCCUCGGCUCUGCUCUGUCACGCCUGGGCCUUCGCCCCGGCCCAGCUCACCCUGGGCUGGCUCCAAAACGGGGACCCCCUGGGACMCCCCGAGAAUUUUGGGGACAUUUGGGGACCCCCCGGGGUUCAGUCCCCGUCGUUGCCGGUGGGUGACGGAACUUUCCGGACUCAGCUGAGCCUGGAGGUGCCCCCGGGCAGCAGCAGAGACACCUUUGGGUGCUGGGCCCGGCACCCCAGCCUGGAGGAGCCGCUCAUCGUCACCUGGGCUCCGGGAAUGUCGCGCGCGCUGUCGCUCCAGGUGGGCGUGGCCGCGCUCGCGCUGCUCUCGGGGCUCCUCCUCCUCCUCUUCGGCCUCCGUCGCUUCCUGGCCCCGCCCCCCGCGCCCGGUUACGCCCCCCUGCCCGGCGACACCUACGCAGGUAAGGCCACGCCCCUUUUGUCCUCUCGCCCCGCCCCUUUUUGG